GUAAAAAACCUGGCCGUCGGACGGAACAGUGACGGGUGUUAUAGCCGCCACUGACCCGUUGGACAAAACCGCGAAAUUGCGGUUGCUGGAAACGACGCCGUCACAGUCCGCGACGUUGACUACAACAGACAGAACAUUGGUGUAUCCGGUCUGGGGAAGCUUUCCCAGGUCUGCACAGAUGAAUGACCUCUGUAUGCCCCUCCUCUCCCUCUUGCAGCAGGAACACAGCUAGGCUCCUCACUUAGCACCGCAGGAAUGUGCACUAAAUGAAGCCUGGUGAGGGGGAGGCUCUGCUCUCACUCACUAUCUGGGAAAAAAAUGCUUGCACAAACGAAAAAAAGUUCAAGUGUUUGACUACACUGAGGGUCAUUCUCCUUCAGCAUGAACUGUCCUGAGAAAGAGAAGGCGUGAAAAUGCGUAGAGACUUUGCGCGAGCUACACAUACAGGAAAGCAGCAGCAACAGCGAGCCAUCAGAGGGAGGGACCGCCCGUUGCACUACAUGUUCUUCCUCCGAGCCCUGCGAAGGGUCAAAGUUUGCAACCAACAAUAUACAGAAAGUAGCGUCAAGAAAUCCAAUAGAAAGGAUUAGCAAUCUGAAGUCUGUUUUUUGUUGUCUCUUUCAAGACAAUGGCUCCGUUGCUGGGAUACACUCUUUUUGCUCUGCUGGCGUUCUGCUUUACGCUUGAGCCAGUGCAGGCAGAAGGAAAUGAGCUGCACAGGCAGAAGAGAGACUGGAUCCGGUAUCCGAGGCCUUUGAAGGAGAAUAAUGACUACACCGGAAUUGAAAUUGCUAGAAUUCGUUCAGAUAAAGAGAACUUCACAAAGAUCAUCUAUUCGCUCAGUGGGCCUGGUGUGGACAUGCCCCCUGUAAACAGAUUUUGGAUUGACCCCGCAACUGGCUCUGUGAAAGUCAAUACCAUUUUGGACCGAGAGGAGAUCGCCUUUUAUGAUUUAAAAGGAAUGGCAAAAUUAAUGGAUGGCACGACUGCUGAGAAGGAUUUAGACCUAAGAAUUGCUGUUCUGGAUGAAAAUGACUGCAUACCUGUAAUUAAAGCAGCCCAAGUGGGAUCUGUCAAUGAAUCUAGUGCCAUCGGCACGGUGGUCAUGAAGGUGAUUGCAACCGACGCUGAUGACGAGAACUCGAUCAACUCCAAGAUUGCCUACAGGAUUGUGGAGACAAGAAGCAGCGCCGGCAUGUUUUCCAUCAACUCUCAAAGUGGAGAGGUCUCGGUUCAACGGAACACCCUCGAUAGGGAGGCAAAAGAUACAUACAAGGUGAUUAUAAGUGCGUCUGACUUAAAUGGACAACCUAGAGGAAAUACAGGAACCGGAGCAAUUGAGAUCAAAAUCCUGGACAUAAAUGACAAUGUUCCCACUCUGGAAAAAGAAUCGUAUGAGGGCAGCGUGGAGGAGAACACCAUCAACGUAGAAGUCAUGCGGAUAAAGGCGGUGGACUUGGAUUUGAUUUACACUGACAACUGGCUGGCUGUUUUUGAAAUCAUCUCAGGAAACGAAGGAGGCUAUUUUACCAUCACUACGGACCCCAAGACCAACGAGGGACGUGUCAUGAUUCUGAGGGAGCUGGACUAUGAGGAAAUUAAGACGCUCAAUUUGGAAGUCGUCGUUUCCAACAAAGCAAAGUAUAAUUUUGGAAGCACAAGCACAGGUUCCAUAACUGUAAAAUCCUACCCCGUGAAGAUCAAUGUGGUCAAUCAGAAGGAGGGUCCUCGUUUCCAGCCCACUGUCAAAGUGGUGACUCUGUCCGAGGAUCACACAUCUAUUCAUAUAAACAAAGUCAUCACCACCUAUGCCGCCAUUGACAGUGACACACUACAGAUUGCGACCAACGUAAGGUAUGCUAAAAUCCGUGAUGAUGACAACUGGUUGAUCAUUGACGAAAAAACAGCUGAAAUUAGGCUGAAUAAACUACCUGAUCGAGAGUCCAAGUUCUUGAUCAAUGGAACAUAUUAUGCCAAAAUUAUAUGCAUUAGUAAUGAGCUUCAUUCAAAGACUGCUACAGGGACCAUUGCUAUUCAGGUGGAGGACUACAACGACCACUGCCCAAAAGUGACAGCGACAAGUCACACCAUGUGCUACGGUGAUAAUGUCAUCUAUGUCACCGCCGUGGACAAAGACGAAUUCCCCAAUUCGUCCCCGUUUGAGUUCACUGUGAUUUCCGGGAACGGCAAAGGGAGGUGGACAGUGGAGCAUCUUAAUGGCACAACAGCCCUUCUGCGAGACCAAGCCUUCCUGUGGCCAGGGUUUUACCAAGUGGCCGUAGAGGUCAAGGACCAGCAGGGAAAGUCAUGUGCCGACAUUCAGAUGCUCGACAUCACCGUGUGCACAUGCCAUGAAAGCACUAAAACCUGCCUGGACCGCAGCACAAAGCAUUCCAGUUUUAGUGUCGCAGGAAUUCUUCUUUUGCUGCUGGGCUUACUGCUGCUGCUGUUGGUGCCUCUCCUGCUGAUGUUCUGCCUGUGUGGAGGAGCUGGAGGAGACUUCAAAGCCAUUCCUUUUGAUACAAAACAGCAGCUCAUAUCCUACCACACUGAGGGCCAAGGAGAAGAUAGGGACGUUCCUCUUAUCCAUACACCAGAUGGUGGAACAGUGACUAUCACUAAAGACAUCAACACCUACGAAGGAAAAGGAUACCUUGGGGGACUGGCAGAAUUGGGAGGGGCUGCAGGCGGUGCAGUAGCCCUGAAUGCCCAUAAUAAUUCAUUUUUAACAAGUGAGAAUGUGCACCAGUACAACGAAUACAGCCAAUCUAAUGGGCAAGCAAGGAUGGGCUACAUAGACGGGGGGAUGAUGACUGGACAAGAACAGUACCGAGGUGGCCCCUAUGAUGGCUUGGCUCUGUCUGAUCACUUCUUGGAGGAAUACUAUUCAAGUAAAGCCAGCUAUGCUGCCCAGCAGUCCCAACAAAAGGACGCCGUGCUGGUCUACGACUACGAGGGCAAGGAGUCUCUGGCAGGUUCUGUAGGCUGCUGCAGCCUCUUGGAGAACGAUAACGACCUCUCAUUCCUCGAUGACCUUGGGCCUAAAUUUAAAACGCUCGCUGAGAUUUGCCAGGGGUCCACCGUGAUGGUGGAGUGUGGAAAAGAUGCUGUCUUUCCACCACCUGCCAGGCCAGUAUCUCCUGUCAGGCCCUCUCUUGACACCCAUGUCCAUACUCACACUGAAACCAUUAAGGGCAGAGAUCGUGUUCACAUUGACGGCAUCAGCACAUCCAAUGUAACAUCUGGAAUGUCCACCCUUGUCCAAGAGGGGCAGAUGUCCAGUACAGGCCAGGGGUCAGCCACACUCUCUAGGGUGCACGUCCAGGACAACAUUUUUAUACCCAAUCAACCCCUCGUGAUGCAACAGCCUGCAUUGUACUAUGCUGCCACACCCAUGUAUGUUGUGGAGCCCAAGCCCCAAAUGGUACUUGUUGCAGGACAGCAGGGAAUAGGUCAAGCUGGUCAGGUUGGACUAACACAAAGCCUGGUUCAAGUUAGUGGCCUGCAAGGGUCUCAAGGUAUGGUGCUGGUCGAUGGGCAAGCAGGGCAGGUGGCACAAGGAACCUUACCUAGACAAGUCCUGCUGGUAGAGAGCGGGUCUUCAGGUGAAGGUACACAGGUGGCCAUUGUCCAGACAGGUCAGGUAUCUAGUCAGCAAGGAUUGGAGGUCAGGGGUCAAAGUGUGCAGGCCAAGAGUUUUUCACUGGCUUCUCAAGAUUCCAGAGGGUCAAAGGAGGACUUUGUGCUAAAAGCCACACCCAAGUCCCAAGGCAGCCAGAGAGUUGUUGUUCAACGCAAAAAGGUCUCAGUCACAGAGAGGAAUAUAGAAUCUAGUUCUAGAGCUUAGAGGGAACAUUUGAAACAUAUGUGUGUGUGUGUGUGUGUGGGUGGGUGUGUGGGUGGGUGUGUGUG